AUGUCGAGGGUCGUAUCCAACCCGGUGUUCUGUCGUUCUUGUUGGYAUUUUAGGCAUUCUGUUAUGAUGUGUUUCACUGAUAUUUGGACACCACAGACUUCGCAUGAGGCAGAUCAAAUAAUUAGUAAUGGAUAUCCAGUAGAAUUGUAUGAAGUUGAAACUAAAGACCAUUACAUGGUAGGCAUGGAACGAAUACCGUAUAGUAAAAAUGGCAACAAAACAAUUGGCAAACCUAUAAUUCUAUUGCAUGGUUUGUAUGGAACGUCAAUCUUUGACGAAUUGGGAAUAUAUGAUACGACUGCUGCCAUUGAUUUUAUCUUAAACAAAACUGGAUACUCUACACUACACAUGGGUGGUUAUUCUUUUGGAGCUACCAUAUGUCUGAUUGCACUAGCCGAAAGACCAGAAUACAACAAAAAGAUUGAUAAAUUAGUGCUAAUAGUGCCCACGGCAAGAAUGAAGUACUACGACCGAAGGCUUAUAAUUUUCAAGAUAUUUCCCUAUUUAUUCCAUAGACCUUUAAGAGGUAGAGGAUACAUACCUAAGAUGAAACAUCCAGACGAUCAAUGGCUAGGACGCCAAUGUAAAGAGAAGAAAUACAUGAAAUAUUUUUGCCUUUAUGUUAUGACUCAAGUACAAGGCAACCUUCUACCAAUAAAUUACGAUACCAUUGAAAUCCUGMGAACAUAUCCUCAGCCAACAUCUGUUAAGGUUAUGACUCACUAUUACCAACUUAUACUUCAGAAUUACUUCCGAAAGUAUGACUAUGGAAAAAUUGGAAAUAUGAAGCAUUAUAACUCCAGUACUCCGCCUGAUUAUGAUUUAUCUAAAGUGACAGCGGCGACAUAUGUGUAUCAAUCAAAACAUGAUAUCAUUGCUCCRCCUAAGGACGUAAAAUGGUUAGUAGACCGACUACCCAAUAUCAAAAAUAUCACAAUGGUGAAGAAAUUCAGUCACAUGGGAUUCGCUAUAAGCCCAUAUGCUAAACCUAUCAACCUUUUAAUUGUUAAACAUUUAUUGGAAAAUAGUAAUUAA